UGUCAGACUCAGUGCCAUGUCAGCAGUGAUGUCAGACACAGUGCCAUGUCAGACUCAGUGCCAUGUCAGCAGUGAUGUCAGACACAGUGCCACAUAAGCAGUGCCACAUCAGCAGUGCCACAUCAGACUCAGUGCCACGUCAGACUCAGUGCCACGUAAGCAGUGCCACAUCAGCAGUGCCACGUCAGACAGUGCCACGAAAGCAGUGCCACAUCAGCAGUGCCACAUCAGACAAAGUGCCACGUCAGCAGUGCCACAUCAGCAACAUGACGGGCCUGCCAGGCCAACUGGCCAAUGAGCCCAUUGCCGACUACAAAAAGCGCGUCCGUGCUCAGCUCGCGGCAAUCGAGGCUGAGGAACAACGCCAGCUGGCAGUCAAGGCUGCCCAGCUACAGGCUGAUGAAGCGGCAACAGCAGAGAAGCUGCGGCUACAGGCCGAAGCAGACGCAGAUGCCCAGGAUCGCCGCAAGGAAGCCCAGGCUCUGCUGCAGCGGCAUGAAGCCAGCAGCAUCGAGAAACUCAAGUACUGGCAUUUUGAACCAAACGGCGACGAGCCAACACCGGAAGAGCAGCAUAAGGAGUUCCUGGCCGAGCUCGUGAGCAGGUUGGUUUACACAUGUAACCACCUACAGUCCGAGCUGGCAAACCUACAGCGGGCCGUGCGGAAUCAGAAGACUCAGCACGAGGAUGCCACACGGGCACUGGAAGCCCGUGUACUGGACCUGGAACAGGCUGUACCAGGACCAGAUGCUGGAGCUUCCAUCAGUGCAUCCUCUAGCCGCCAACUGGAGGAACGCGUUGACCACGUAGUGGCAAUGCUAGGAGACAUAAGUGUCUUCACAGAGCCGGCCACCAUCAGCCAGCGGUUCGAGUUGCUGGACACUAAGAUCAGUCAGCAACARCAGACUGACCACMRCMACAACAACAGCUMGGCGAGGCCAUACAAGAUGCCGACGUUCCGGAUCGAGAAAUUUGAUGACUACACGCAUCAAGACCCGGUCGUCUGGUGGCAAGGAUUUACAACGGAGUUGGGGAUUCACGAAGUCCCUGACCAUUUGUUCAUCAGUGCUCUGUUCAUCAACACCAAGGGAGGUUGUCAGAUCUGGCUCAGCCAUAUGGCAACCAUCCACGACGUCCAGGUUUCAGACCUGUACAAGAAGGUCUCCUGGGAAGACAUGACAAAGGAAUGCAAGAAGCGGUUCAUCGUCGACGGCGCCCCGACACUCGUCGUCAACCGCAUCUUCACGAUGGCUCAAGGGAGCACACCGACACGUGACUGGCUCACGGAUUGGCAGAAAAUCGUGGCAAUGCUCGAUUUGGACUUGUCAUUUCCGCAUAUGCGGCGUGAGUUCUACAACAGGUCAUGCGCCGCUCCCAGCCUCGCACUUGGUGAUCGCAGCAGUGGCUGCUGUCCAGCCGCGAAGCACCAGCAAGUCCCACAACAAUGGGAAGGCGAAAUCCGCAUCGCAGGCCGGAAAUGGACAGCCAGGACAGUUUCCAUGGGUCAAGUUUGGCUUGACCGAGGCGGAGUACAAGGYYYGYGGCCGCUACGGCAGCUGCUAUUGGUGCAACAKCACCAAGCACAAGACCUCCCUGUGCCAAGAUCAGGGCAAGGAGGAUGUGCGACCCCGCCUCAGCUCGGGAAACUGAGCUCCGCGGAAGGUGAGGCGACUCCACCUUCUACUCCGCCAGAUUCGGCCGCCUUGCUAGCGGCCUCUUGCACAUCUGGGGAGGAUGCGCAUGUCGCAAGUCCUCGGUAUACUUACGAGGAUUAUGCUGUCCACUUGGUUCCACAGCUGGACCAACCGCUCCACGUGCAACAGUCCACCGCAUGCACGGUUUCAUCACCAUCGGCAACCGAUUCGGCAGCUUCGCCGCAAUCUAUCGCCGGGGAUUCGACGUCAUGGUCUAGACUUGAUGAGCUUGACCCGUUGACGUUCACGGACUUCCAGUGGAUGCCCGUUCCCUCGACCGGACGAUUGCCGAAACCGCAUUGCAACGUGCUUAUGGCACAAUUGCGGGACUACUUGCACACUGCAGUACCAGCUCCGUUGAUGGACGCCGGAGUAGAGGUUGUCGACCUUCACGCUUUCAUCGCGAAGAUCAACCAAGAGUUCAAGACGCAAUGGUACGACGACAUCAAUGCACCAUUGCUAUACAUACGCAUUCAGAUCGGAGAGGCGACCUGCAGUGCCUUGAUCGAUUGCGGAGCAUCUCGCAACUACAUCAGACAGGACUUCAUGGUACGCGCUGGCCUUGGCCUAAGUGUCCGGAGGAAGUCCCAGCCUACGCAAGUCACCCUGGCAGACGGCCAUACGCACAAGUCCAUCGACCGGUGCAUUGACGCCGUCCCAGUGUACUUUGCCCCUCACGCAAGUGAGGCGGUGUCCUUUGACAUUCUGGACACCAAAUUCGACAUGAUCUUGGGCAUGUCAUGGCUGCGAAGCKARGAUCACCCGGUGAACUUYUUCAACCGCACCGUUCACGAUGUUUCACGCAAACUGCUUCCCAAGUGGUUUGGACCUUGGUCUGUGACAGCAGCCGCGGGCGAUGAGCCCGAUGACCCUUCAUUUGUGAUCAACAUUCCAGAGCAUCUGACGGUCCAUUCGGUCUUCCACGCCUCGAAGCUGGCAACAUACACGCCAGCCAAGAGCGACGACUUUCCGGACCGACGAUCGCAGGACCCUCCUUCUAUGGAUGGCCAUCAGGAAGUUGACCGCGUCAUCUCCGAUCGCAAGUACGGCAGCAAGCCGCGGCAGUACAAAGUCACAUUCAAAGCAUGCGAUCACGACGACACUCGGUGGAUUUCAGCCGCAGAUUUGAAAGCAUCCGCACCGCUGAUCUACGCGCAUUAUGAAAAGUGCAGGUUAGCUCAGGAAGCUUCACGACCAGCCCCUCCCACCCAGACUGUGGUCCCUCCCUCAGACAAACAGCUUCGCCCUCGCAGAGUGGGAGAGAGAGGCUGGCGGAGGCCAGCGAUACUUACCUGUGGCGCCAUCGCUCCAGCUCCAUCUUCGUGGUACCUGCAUCAAGGCGCCAACUUCACAGGAAAAGCAAAGAAGGGGAACGGAAAGCAGAACGGAAAAGCGAAAGGGGGAAAAGGUGGGUUACAGAAAGGCACAGAAAGGGAUCAAAAUGUACAGAAAGGAUCAGCAGGGGGAUUUAAUAAAGGGGUGCGCUGGAAAGAGAAGUCGAAUCAGCCCUCUGAUGGAGGGGAAUCCGACGCCUCUGGCAAGGCGCAUGAGAAAGGAAAGGAAGCUCGUAAAGAGGAGUCGGGUGCCUACGGUGACCGCUCCAUGCAUAAGCUAGAAGAAGCGGCGGUGAGACUUUUGGGGGGAAAAGGUGAUGGAUGGGCAAACUCGGAACAGGAACGGACAACGGAGCAGAACCACAUGGAAGAAGAGAUCCUGGAGUUCGAAGACUUUAUCGAAGGGGAAGGGGACAUGAAGGAUGAAUUGCGGAAAUAUGAUCUGCAUGGAGGUUUGAGCAUCACUGACCCUGUCCAAACUCUGGACAGGGCGGAUGCUAAUAUCCCAAAAAUUCUCAUCCCCCUCAUCUGUGCCAAUUCGAGUAAGGGGGUCGUGGUAAUGGCAAAUUUGCUAGCAAACGAAACGAUGGAAUUGCCGUUAGUGGAAACGGACGCGGCACUGACAAAACUGGCGAUAUUGAAUAAAGUAAAGGAUAUAAUCCCGAACUUUUUGCAAGUGAGGGUGAUACCUCUGUUCAGAGUUGGAUGCUUCACAGCAGAAGACCACAACGGGAACAUGGCGCGAUUGUACUUUGUGAUAACUGAUGAUUUGGGGGAAGAGGGCUAUGCGGCGAUAGAAUGGAGGAAACGGUCGGACUUUGGUUUCAGCAAGGAACUGGAAAGAGGAGAUACAAUGAGGGUUGCUCAUUUGAAAGAAGUUGAGGAAGUGGUAAUGAGGAUUAAGACACAAAGGGCGCCUGCUGGCGGUACGCCGGUGCAUAAGAUAAGCCUCCCACUAGGCCUCACCCCUCUUCAUGCGGCUCCGACGGAUACAAGUGGAAUUGGAUGGUGGAACGAGAAGGAGGCAAAGGUGUUAGCAUUGGACUCCUACUCCUCGAAGAGAGGAUCAGAGAUUCUGAGGUCGAAGGUGAAGAAAAAACCAUCAACAGUGAUUGAAAUCCGCAAAAGCAGUGAGGAGUUCUUGAGCAUUCCAAAGGAGAGUCUGCAUUCGCUGCAUAAUGCAGCGGCCAUGGCCGUCUUUGAAGCUGUGGCUGUGACUCCGUUUUUGUUCCGGGACACGUCGGGGGCCAUGACGAUGCUUGCUGGCGGGCUGCUUCAUGACAUGGCUCUGAGCUGUUUGGCGGCACAGGAGCUGGGGAGACGCAUGAGGUGAAGACGACGAUUGUGGGUGGCGGAGCGCAGUGGAGGUCUU